UCUCUCUCUCUCUCUCAAACAAAUUUCGAUCGCGCCCUGAACCCAAACCAUUUCUCUCAUCUCAAAAAAACCGUUUCUUGACCCCCAAAUUGAGUAAAACUAGCCAUGGAAAUGCCUUCGAUCUCUUCGAGCCCCCGUACCGUCGAAGAGAUCUUCAAAGACUACUGCGGUCGUCGCGCCGGCGUCGUCCGCGCUCUCACUUACGAUGUCGAUGAGUUCUACUCUCUCUGCGAUCCAGAUAAGGAGAAUUUGUGUUUGUAUGGUCACCCGAACGAUACAUGGGAAGUGACACUGCCGGCCGAGGAGGUUCCACCGGAACUUCCCGAGCCGGCGUUGGGGAUCAAUUUCGCCAGGGAUGGAAUGAAUCGGAGAGACUGGCUUUCGCUCGUGGCUGUGCACACUGAUUCUUGGUUGCUCGCUGUUGCUUUCUAUUUUGGAGCUCGCUUUAAUCGCAAUGAGAGGAAGCGCUUAUUUAGCCUGAUAAAUGAUCUGCCUACCGUAUUUGAAGUCGUGACAGAGAGGAAGCCCAUAAAGGACAAGCCCAGUAUGGAUAGCGGAAACAAAUCCAGAAUCACCACCAAGAGAUCAAGUGAUGGACAGUCGAAAAACAAUCUGAAGCUAUAUGAUGAGAAUUAUGAGGAGGAUGAAGAUGAGCAUGGUGAAACCCUUUGUGGGAGCUGCGGGGGAAAUUACAGCGGUGAUGAGUUUUGGAUAGGCUGUGACAUUUGUGAGAGGUGGUUCCAUGGGAAGUGUGUAAAAAUAACACCAGCCAAGGCGGAAAGUAUCAAGCAGUACAAAUGCCCCUCUUGCAGCACUAAGAAGAGCAGGCAGUAGAGGCUGAAUGAAAGCUUUGGAGCUCUUACUGUUUAGUUGACUAAUAUUGCUCUAAAGCAGUUAUGUUUGUUUUUUCUCCUCUCUCUGCCCCACAACUCCCCAAAAUUAUUGCCCUCUUAAUUUCUCAUGCUCUUUUUUUUUUUUUUUUUUUUGACUGUCUAGUUGUUAAAAUGCUUAUGGGCAAUGAUAUUUUUCUUCAAAGGUCAAAGUAUAUGUUUUAUGUUGGUUUUCAAUUUUAAGGAAUGCUGCUUUGCAAGUGUUUGCUUAGGAACCUGUAUUUAAUUAGGUCAUGCUGUCGAUACCAUCGUGAAAUAUUGAUUGCUGUUUGAUAGUUCUGAAUUUUCUGUUGAAAUGCAAGAAGAGUGUUAAACCAUUA